AUGCCGCAUCCUGUCUCGCCGCCCAUGCAUCCUCUGCCAACCGUCGCCAAACCCGGCGAACCCCCACCGGUGCCUUCUCAGGCUGACAUCUCGGCCAUUCUCAACACAGUCUUCACGGCGCCGACUUCCAACGCCUCCAUCGAUGCCUCCUAUGGCCUGUGCGAACUCUUCCUGAACAACCCGGCCGUCGGUUUCCGUGGUCUGCAGACCUACGGUGUCCUGGCCGAGAUCAAGAAGGCCGCGAGCGACAAGAAGAGCGGCCUGCGCCGAGAGAGCGCGCAGAAUCUGCUGGGUGCCAUCUUCGAACGCUUCCCUCCCAAGCAGCCCGUCAGCGAGGUCAUCCUUCUCCUCCAAGAUGGCGGCGUGGUGAGCACGGCCCUCGACGCCCUCUCCGACAAGGGCUCUGUCGUGCGCGAUGCUGCUCAGUAUGGCCUCGACGCCCUCUUCGGCCACCUGAGCCCCGAGGCCCUGGUCGUCGGCCUCCUGCCCGCCCUCGUUGCCUAUCUCGAGAAGAAGACUGGCAAGUGGCAGGGUACCGUCGGCGCCCUCAAGCUGAUGCAGAAGAUGGCCGACAAGGCCAAGCUGGAGAUUGGUGGAACAAAGGAGGACGCCCUCGAGAAGGAUAUCCUCCGCGAAGCCAUGGGCACCAAGCUGGCCCGCCUGAUCCCUAUCGUAGAGGGUGGUAUGCACGAUCUCAAGGCCGACGUCGAGAAACAGGCCGUCCACACCAUGAACUCUUUGACGACCCUCCUCUCCAACGACGAUGUCGCUCCCCGCAUUCCCCUGCUCGUCGACACGCUGCAACAUCCCUCACCUCAGUCUCUGCAGAAGGCGAUCCACGCCCUCUCCCAGACCACCUUCGUCGCCGUUGUCACGUCUCCAGUGCUCGCGCUGCUGACGCCCUUCCUCGAACGCUCGCUCAACAGCCCCAACACGGCGCAAGAGGUUCUGCGGCAGACUGUCGUCAUUGUCGAGAACUUGACCAAGCUGGUGCACGACCCCAUCGAGGCCCGAACCUUCUUGCCCAAGCUGCAGCCCGGUGUCAAGAGUGUCGUCGACCGAGCCUCCCUCCCCGAAGUCCGCGAGCUGGCCACCCGCGCCAUGAACGUCAUGGACAAGGCCAUGGCUAUGGACAAGGCUGAUGUCUACGAGCGCACGGUGGGCGAUGAUGUUGCCAAGGUUCUCGACGUCGAAAUCCGGAAGAACGGCGGACUGGCCGGCGACCUCGACACUUACAAGGUGCUCAGGCCUUAUAUCUGCGACAUGGUGGCUGAGGAUGUCAACCAUCGCCAUAUCACUAGGAUCGGGGCGAGAAUCACCCCCUACCUCCAGGGGCUCAUGCAGAACGCCACCGCACACAGCGACGUUGGUGCCGCAGUGCAGCAGUUCUAUCUCGAGGAGGACCACCGAAAAUACGGAGUGCCGGAGAAAGAGGACGAUGGCGAGGUUGAGAUUGUCAACGCAGACUUCUCCCUGGCCUACGGCGGCAUGCUUCUCCUCUCGCAUACCAACCUGAGGCUGCUGAAGGGCCACCGCUACGGCCUCGUCGGUCGCAACGGUGCAGGGAAGUCCACCUUGAUGAAGAGUAUUGCCGGUGGCAAGCUGGAGGGUUUCCCGCCCCAGGAUGUGCUCCGAACAUGCUACGUCGAGCACAACCAGGGUGAGGAUGCCGACAUCAGCAUUCUCGAGUUCGUUUCCAAGGACCCUACCAUUGCCAAGGAGGGCCAGGAGCGUAUUAUUCAGGUCUUGGAAGAGGUCGGUUUUACAUCGGGACCCGAGGGCCGCCAGUCGCACAAGGUUGGCUCGCUUUCUGGUGGUUGGAAGAUGAAGCUGGCUCUGGCUCGUGCCAUGCUGCAGCGCGCCGACGUCCUGCUGUUGGACGAACCUACUAACCAUCUUGAUGUCGCCAACAUCAAGUGGCUCGAGAACUACCUCAAGACGCACACCGACAUCACCAGCUUGAUCGUCUCCCACGACUCUGGUUUCCUCGACGAGGUCACCACCGACAUCUACCACUACGAGCCUGGCAAGAAGCUCGGUCACUACAAGGGCAACCUAGCUGCCUUUGUCGAGAUCAAGCCCGAGGCCAAGAGCUACUACACCCUUUCUGCCAGCCAGGUCCAGUUCAAGUUCCCGCCCCCUGGUAUCCUGACCGGCGUCAAGUCUUCGACCCGUGCCAUCAUCCGCAUGAGCAACGUCUCCUACACCUACCCCAAGGCUCCCAAGCCCUCUCUUGCCGAGGUUUCUUGCCAGCUUUCACUCUCCUCCCGCGUCGCCGUCAUCGGCCCCAACGGUGCCGGCAAGUCGACUCUCAUCAAGCUUCUGACUGGUGAGGUUAUCCCCACCACCGGCAAGGUCGAGAAGCACCCCAACCUGCGUAUUGGUUACAUCAAGCAGCACGCGCUCGAGCACGUCGAGAUGCACCUUGAGAAGACCCCCAACCAGUACCUGCAGUGGCGGUAUGCCCACGGUGACGAUCGCGAGGUGCAUAUGAAGCAGACUCGCAUGGUCUCGGACGCGGACCGCGCUCAGAUGGAGAAGUUUAUCGAUGUGGGCGAGGGCAAGGGCCAGCGCCAGAUCGAGGCGCUUGUUGGACGUCAAAAGUACAAGAAGACGUUCCAGUACGAAGUCAAAUGGAAGAACAUGCUGCCCAAGCACAACUCGCAGUUCUCCCGCGAGACCCUCCUCGAGCUCGGCUACGACAAGCUGGUUCAGGAAUUCGACGACCACGAGGCCUCGCGCGAGGGUCUGGGCUACCGUGAGCUCCAGCCCUCGGUCAUCUCGAAGCACUUUGAGGACCUGGGUCUCGACCCGGAGAUCGCCAACCACAACGAGAUCGGCUCCCUGUCCGGAGGCCAGAAGGUCAAGGUCGUGAUCGCGGGUGCCAUGUGGAACAACCCGCACUUGCUGGUGCUCGACGAGCCGACCAACUUCCUGGACCGCGACUCGCUCGGCGGCCUGGCCGUCGCGAUCCGCGACUUCAAGGGCGGCGUGGUCAUGAUCUCCCACAACGAGGAGUUCGUGGGCGCGCUGGCCUCGGAGCAGUGGCACAUCAACGACGGGCGCAUGACGCACAAGGGCCAGGCGGCCAUCUCGAUGGACCGCUUCGAGGACGGCGGCAGCCGGCCAGGGUCCGGGCUCGCGACGCCCAGCAACGGGUUCGCGAGCCCCGUGCCCAGCAGCAGCGUCGUGUCGAGCGCCGUGCAGAGCGCCGUCAACUCGGGCGCCGAGGACAACUCGGAGAUGAAGUUCCGCGCGCGCAAGAAGAAGAAGAAGACCAAGAAGGAGCUCAAGGAGCAGGAGGUCCGCCGCCGGCUGCGGCACAUCGAGUGGCUCAACAGCCCCAAGGGGACGCCGCACCCGCCUGAUACGGAUGACGAGGAUAAUUAG